GUCUUAUUCCGAUGGAACCACUGUGGUUUAGGGUCUGUGGCGACGCUCCAGGCAAGUCCCAGUAAACGGGACAAAAAUAGCGAGAAGGACCAAAACCUGCAAGACUAGCUCGACGCUAAGUAGUUAGGACUGUCUGAGUCUAAUAUUAAUAAAAAAAAAAGUUAACGGAUGACAGGCGAAACUAAGUCUCGGGCAGAAGCCAUGAGAGUGGCAAAGGCUCAUCGACAGCGUGGCAGUCGCCAUGGAAGAGCGAUUGACGAUGCCUUUUAGUAACUACGGACUCUGUUCUUUGUGUCCAGCGACAUUCUUGUAGAACCAUGAUAGAAGCGAUCAUUUGACAGGCUUUGACCACCGUCGAUCAUAAUCCAGACCACGAUCAUGACGAUCAUGAGGAAGAACCGUUCCGCCCUUUGCGAACCCCCAACUGCUGGGGGGCCGACGCGAGCAAGUUGUGCAAAGGCAAAAUAAUAUGCCAAAAACCCGCGACACAAAGGAUGAGCCACGAUGUCGGCGUUACCCCCGGUUGGGGGCAGGAGUCCGACCAGGACGUGCAUUUUUGCCCAAAUGGACUGCGUUGCUGACCGAAAGAGCAUCUCUUGGAAGGAAGAAAAAAGAACAGGAAAAAAGGAAAAGCGGAGCUGCACGUCGGCAGGUGUAUUUUAUACCAUGGUGAUACAGUACAUACCGUACCCUGUUUUUGAACAGGUUUCGUACGGUAAUACGAGUAAUCCUCACCGGGUUUUCAAAUUUCGGCAUUUCCAAAUCACCGCCGUCUGACGAUACCCCGUGAUACUAAUCGAAACGCGGUGUCGACUUGGUUACUCUCCCCGUCCUCCAUCUUCUUCCUUCUCGCUCUCUCAGGAUUGCCUCGGUCAGCGAGCUUCGUGUAACGAAUUGCCAAUCGAUCGUCCCUAGUCCGACUGACUCGCUUCCCACCCUCCUUUAUUAUCGUCUUGCUACCCCACAUCCCUCCCUUCAUCGAUUCUUUUCCCACCUUCCAAGAUCUUAGCGACUCUAAUUUUGGACGAACCAACUUAUCAACUCCGUCCUUCUCCAACUCCUUUCACGCUUAGGCGCUUAGCCCUUGGUCCGUCAUGGAUAAAGAACUAGUGAUUAAUGAACCGUCAAUGAAUGGAUACAUCCCCUUCUUCGCUAGAGGGCUCCUUCGCCCAUUGUUCCCCUUGGCAUGGGUCGUCCCUCCCAUUGGAUUCCGUCCCACUAUCUCGGGUUUAGGGCAAUGAUGAUUUCUGAUUUCUGACAUCUCGCCGCCCUUCCGUCUAAAUUCCCUCCUUUCAACGUCUGCAAAGUAGUUAGCGCGAGAUCCGUGGGUACGGACAGUCCGUCUCCGUUGCCCAAAAAUAAUUCAGAAUAAUCGAAAACCAUGAAUGAACCAGAAAAGGUCUCAGGGCAAUUUCCACCUUCUCAAGCCAUCGGUCGAUAUUGGCAUUGUCAAUGACAAACUUGCCGCCGUUUGAGGCGCUGGCGACCUGUCGAUUUGCCGGUUUGCUAGGGGCGGCCUAAGUCCGGGUCCGAUAUGAAAGAACUCUCGAUUUGAUCGGACGGUGGAACCAUCAGGGCUUGGACGUCGGACUGUCCCUGGUGGCGUGUGGAACGAUAAGCUAGAAAAUUUCCGUUCUUGGUCUCCAACCGGCAUAAAUAGCCAUACAUAAAUGUGAUUGAGUCCGCAGUCAAACGACGAUCUCCAGUCUAACUCUGCUGCAUCAUCGUGGUUGGAUCGGAAAAGGUCCACCUUGUCAUUCGUUCUCUUUUGCUCGCCUGCAGACUCCUGUAUCUUUUUCAGUCUCGUCGUCUGACCCCUGGACCACAUUCAAAUGGUUCCUCUCUGGGUCCUCCGUGUUGGCUGCUACUUCGGCCUUAUAACUUGCACCACUCCCCCAGGUGUUUGGCCUGGUAGAUUCCCGACUGUCAUCGCUCCUGUGCCUCCAUCGCGGACUUCUAUUUCCAGUUCCACUGGAGUGACUGGUACCGCCUUGCCCGGAGUGACUUCGUCGGCGCACUCGUUUACUACUUCCUUCGUUGAGACUUCAUUGGUUGACACCUCGUUCUCGUCCACCCUGGUCUCGGACCCAUCUACUUUCGUUACAUCUUCUGCCUCGACCUCGUUCGCUUCUACUUCGUCUGCAAGCACAUUCGUUUCUGUUUCUUCUUCUGGUUCUUCCUCUUCUAGCACUUCGCUGUCCUCCGGUACUCGGGUCUCCUCUACUAUUCCCGUGUCCUCGAGCACUGCCGUGAGCCCAUCUCGCACGAUGUCUCUCACCUCGUCCAGCAUCAUCCCCAGCGUCACGCCCUCGGCCUCGCCGAUCGCGCAGGGCACCGUUGCGGGUAACAUUCUCGUUAUUGCGAGAGACACGGCUGCCGCCGGCGUCGCGUCCUCGGGACUUAACGCAUAUGGCAUCCCCUUCACCACUCUGUUGGUUCCUCAGGCUGGCGCCAGUCUGCCCGACCUGAACACCACUUCAGGGGGAAACUUCGGCGGUAUCGUCGUGGCUGGUGAGGUCAGUUAUGACUAUGGUGGCACUCGAGGCUUCCAGAGUGCCUUGACUACCGAUCAAUGGAACCAGCUGUAUGCCUACCAGCUCGACUUCGGUGUGCGAAUGGUUCAGUACGAUGUCUUCCCGGGACCUUCCUUCGGCGCCUCUGCCGUGGGCGACGGAUGCUGUGCUUCCGGCGUGGAACAGCUGAUCUCUUUCUCCAAUGUCGACGACUUCCCCACGGCCGGUCUGCGAACCGGCGCCGGCGUCAGCACCCAGGGUCUCUGGCACUACCCGGCUACCAUCAGCAACACCACUACCACCAAGGAAAUCGCCAAAUUCGCUGCCAACUCGGUGACCUCGGGAGAAUCGACUGCCGCUGUCAUCAACAACUUUGCUGGCAGAGAGCAGAUGGCCUUCUUUAUCUCCUUCGAUACGGUCUGGAGUGCCACCUCCAACUAUCUGCAGCACGCCUGGAUCAACUGGAUCACUCGCGGUCUCUAUGUGGGACAUCGUCGUAUCAACCUCAACACCCAGAUUGACGAUGUGUUCUUGGAGACUGAGGUCUACAAGCCAGCCGGAGUCAACUUCCGUAUCAGCGUCGCCGACAUGAACGGAAUCGCCGACUGGCUUCCCACCAUCAACGCCAAGAUGAACGAGGGCAGUGACUACUGGGUCGAACUGGGACACAACGGUAACGGUAACAUUGAAGCCGCUACUCAGAAGACCAACGGCGAGUCUCGCUGCAACGGCGGCGGUAUUGAGUACGACUCGCCCCCUGACACCGAGUUGGAGUUCAAGAAGCCCCUGGGAACCGGAACCGACCUUUGGCCCUCGACUCAGACCUCCUACGGCUGGACCACCGACUGCACUCAACUGGAUGACCUUCUGAUCUGGGUGACCAACCCGGCCAACCGUGAUAAGUUCGGUCACAUCUCCCACACAUUCACCCACCUGGAACAGAACAAUGCCACCAACUCCGAUAUCAACAAGGAAAUCUCCUACAACCAGGCUUGGCUCAAGCAGAAUGGCAUUUCCUCGGCCAAGUACUUCACCAGCAACGGUAUCAUCCCCCCUGCCAUCACUGGGCUUCACAACGGUGAUGCUCUGAAGGCUUGGUGGGAUAACGGUAUUACCAACUGCGUUGGUGACAACACUCGUUCCCCUCUGCUCAACAAGGUCAACGACAUGUGGCCUUACUUUACUACCGUUGACAGCGACGGAUUCGACGGCAUCCAGGUCAACCCUCGUUGGGCCACCCGUAUCUACUACAACUGUGAUACCCCUGACUGCACCGUCCAGGAAUGGAUCGACACGUCUGCCGGCAGCGGUGACUUCAAUGACCUGCUUGCCACCGAGAAGGCCGACACCAUGCGUCACUUGUUCGGUCUGCACCACGAUCCCUACAUGUUCCACCAGGCCAACCUUCGCAACGCCGACGUUACGCCGAUCACCGUCAACGGCGUCACGGCCCAGUACUCGAUCUUCCAGGCCUGGGUUGAGACCCAGGUUCAGGAGUUCGUGCGUCUGGUGAAGUGGCCCAUUGUCACCAUCACCCACCAGCAGAUGUCCGCGAACUUCUUGGAACGUUACACCCGUGAUGCCUGCAACUACUCUCUUCAGUACACCAUUGCCAACCACCAGAUUACCGGUGUGACGGUGUCUUCCAGCAGCAACACCUGCAGCGCCCCCAUCCCGGUGACCUUCCCCGUUGCGCCCACCAACACCCAGAGCUUCGCCACCGAACAGCUCGGCAGCGACCCUCUGACCGUCUGGGCCAAGCUCUCCGGCUCCCCGGUCACCUUCACUCUGUCCACUCCUAUUCCGUUGUAAUUGAUCCAACCGAAGAUUACAGCCUUACGGACUGGGCACGAACCAGGAACUAUGCUAGCUCUGAGAAAACACCAACAAACACAUAAUAACUAAUGUUUAUUGAUGGAUUAUAGAGCUUUCAUGAAGGAAUGCCACCAAUUGUUUUGUUUUCAAGUGUUGUACCACCCAACCAGCGAUGGAUUUUGACUUUCUACUCCGUAGUGCAAUACAUAAUUCAACGAUCUAUUUUGACGUGUUCCCAACUGAUCUUCCUUAUUCCUGCCUAACACGUAGAACUUCCGGGGAGAAACCCCGCAAAACGAGCGCCCGUACCUGGUGCACCAAACCCCGACGUCUGGGCAUACAACAGGUACAACCAUAAGGUAGGUAGUCCAUGAUUCGCAUAAGCCAACAAGCAACCAAGAAACCAUGACACCAACAUUCCUGCCCAUAAUAACACAACAACAGUCCAACACCCCGCAAACAGCCCUCUCUCGCUUGUCUGCCUGUCCACCUUAGUGUUCUAAUGUCUACCCCCUACCACUGCCACGUUGACUGUUGACUGACGUCGACCUAAUGACGCACCAGUGACACAACAAAAUAAGCCCUAGGGAUAUACCCAUGUCCGCGUAUGGACGCGCUAGCAUGGAUGAGAACCUAACCGGCGGUAGUUAAUUGAUUGGUGUACUCGGAAUAAUCUUAGGGAAAUGAAUUAUAGGCAUAAUGUCUCGGACGAAUUUCGGUCGUAGGGAUUUCGUCUUGGGGUUCUACUCCUUUUUUUGCUCCGGGU